AUGGCCACCCUCAGACACGAAUUCUACGAAACUGACGACAGAUUGACUCUUUCUGUCUUUGAUCGCGGGGCCGAUCCCGAGCAAGUCAAGGUCGACUUCGAACCACGCAAGCUUGUCUAUACUCAUGGCGACAAAUCAUUAGUGCUGCAACCCCUCAAAGGGCAGAUUGAUCCCAGCGCGAGCACUUUCACAGUAGGCAAAGUCAAGGUGGAAAUACGUUUGGCGAAGGCAGCACUCGGAAGAUGGGGUGCACUGGUAGGCGAUAGUCCCGAUGCUCUCGCAUCGACCUCGUAUAUAGCCCCUACUCCAGCGCCAUCGGCUGUCAAAAAGAACAAGAAGAACUGGGACGGUAUCACGACGGAAAUCCUGACAUCCGAAAAGGAGAAGACCACGGAUGAAGACCCUAAUGUCGGAGGCGACGCGGUCCUCAAUGGCUUUUUCCAGAAGAUCUUCGCCGACGCCGACGAAGACACCAAGCGUGCUAUGAUGAAGAGCUUCCAGGAGAGUGGUGGCACCACUUUGAGCACAAACUGGGAAGAAGUAGGCAAGGCCCCAGUGGAAGUCAAACCACCGCAGGGCGCUGAGUACAAGAAGUGGAAUUAG